CAGUUCUUCUCUCCUCUCAGUGGACGAGCUCCCGUCUUUUCUUCUCUGGUUUAAACAUCGUCAGGGUAUUCACGUGAAACUGUCCGGAUGUGUUUCCCACCGUCUCUCUCCCCGUCGGCGGACACGCGCUCAUGGCUUCAGGUACCUCGUUUGGCUCUCCGUCACCGUCUGAGCGUGCUCAGUGGCGGCGUGUGUCGUCCCGCCCCUUGGCGCCGUCGGCCAAUCACCUUCCUCUGCUACAUCCUGUCUGUAGGCGCUCUGCGGCCGCUGGCCAAUCGGGUGGCGUUGUACCGCUCCUUCCCGACACGCCUCCUCUCUCGAGCGUGGGGUCGUCUGAACGGAGUGGAGCUCCCCACCUGGCUCCGCAGACCCGUCUACUCCCUCUACAUCUGGACCUUUGGAGUCAACAUGCAGGAGGCAGCGGUGGAGGACUUACAUCACUACAGGAAUCUGGGAGAAUUCUUCCGUCGACGUCUCAAACCUGCAGUCAGACCUCUCUGCGCCUCCUCCUGCCUGGUGUCUCCAGCGGACGGGAGGAUCCUCCACUUUGGUCAGGUGAAGAACUCGGAGGUGGAGCAGGUGAAGGGGGUCACCUACAGUCUGGAGAACUUCCUGGGUCCACAAAAGAGGCAGGGCAAUGACUCCUCCUCCUUCAGGGACCUCCUCCUAGCGUCUCCUGACAACGACUUGUUCCACGUCGUGGUCUACCUGGCUCCAGGUGACUAUCACUGUUUCCAUUCGCCCACAGACUGGAGGGUGGAGCUUCGACGUCACUUCCCAGGUUCGUUAAUGUCGGUUAACCCAGGUGUGGCUCGUUGGGUCAAAGAGCUCUUCUGUCUUAACGAGCGUGUGGCGCUCACUGGCCAAUGGCAGCAUGGCUUCUUCUCGUUAACAGCAGUCGGAGCCACAAACGUGGGAUCAAUCAGGGUUUACUUCGACCAGGAGCUUCAGACCAACGCUCCUCACUACAGUAAAGGAUCCUUCCACGACCGCAGCUACAUCGCCGCCGGUGACCAGUUGUUGAAGGCGGCAGGUGAAGGGGGCGUGGCCUUACAGAGAGGGGAGGCGGUGGGGGAGUUUAACCUCGGCUCCACCAUUGUUCUGCUGUUCGAGGCUCCCAAAGACUUCAGCUUCAACCUGCAGCCGGGACAGCGAAUCAGAGUAGGGGAGGGGCUUGGCAGCCUCUGAUUGGCCAGGCAGACUCAGGAGGAGGGGCCUGAAGACAAGACAGAUUUUAAGAGUUUAAGGCAUUGUGGGUAAUUUUCUGCAUAAGGAAGACGCUGUAUGGGACAUGAAGAGGACAUGUUUGUUUUUUAUAACUCAAACUCCCAGAAUGCCUUGUGCCUCAUGGCAGGGAAGAUGCCAAACCUCUCUCUCUCUCUUUCUGUGUUUGUAUUCCGUCGCUAUGUCGCUCGCCCAGAACAGUUCCUUUAAAAGAACAGUCCGUCCACUGACGCUGUUUGAAUGUUCAAAGCUUUAUUGUUUCUGUUUCUGUCUCAAACCAAUCAGAGCAGUCGGAGCUGUCAGCUGAUUGGUGGAGGCACAUCAGGAGGCUUGGGAUUGGUCAGAAAGAAACAUUAAUUAUUUUUCCUCCAUCAUUUCUUCCAUUUCAUCCGUUUUUUUUGUUUUUUGUUUUUUUUUCAGUUUCUCGACUUUUGUCAAAUAUCUUAAUAUGAAUAAAUAUUUUUUCUCAUA